GCAAAACAACAGUUUCACACGCACAAUCUUUUCGAUAAACAAGAAAAGCACAACUCUCUCUCUCUCCUCCUUUUUCUCUCGCUCUUUCUCAUCCUUCUAACCCUUGGAAUCGACAUUCAGAAAGAAAAAAGAUGGUGGAUUUUGCACGGGUACAGAAGGAGUUGCACGAAUGCAACCGGGAUUUUGAGGUUUCAGGCAUAAAAGUUAUGCCGAAGAGCGAUGCUAAUUUGGCCCACUUGCUUGGUACAAUCCCUGGUCCUCUUGGUACUCCUUAUGAAGGUGGCUCUUUCAAAAUCGACAUCAAUUUGCCCGAUGGUUACCCUUUUGAGCCUCCCAAGAUGCAGUUUGCCACUAAAGUAUGGCAUCCUAAUAUAAGCAGUCAAAGUGGAGCAAUAUGCCUGGAUAUCUUGAAAGACCAGUGGAGCCCAGCACUUACUUUGAAGACGGCACUCCUUUCUGUACAAGCAUUACUCUCUGCUCCAGAACCUGAUGACCCCCAAGAUGCUGUUGUAGCACAACAGUAUCUUAGGGACUACCCAACAUUUAUGGGCACAGCUCGCUAUUGGACGGAAGCAUUUGCCAUGACCUCGUCUCUUGGCGUUGAGGACAAGGUACUAAAGCUAGUGGAAAUGGGCUUCCCUGAUGCCUUGGUUAGGAGUACUCUGGCUAGUGUUGAUGGCGAUGAAAACAUGGCUCUUGAAAAGCUUUGCUCUGGCUAGCACUCACCUCGACCCCGAGUAAUUAAUUGCUUUUGAAAUUAUUGUUGCAUCAAAAAGGCUAAACGGUAUAAAAUAAUAUUUUCUCUUCAAUCAAUACUCGAGUUUUCCUUGAUA